AUGAUGUCCUACAUUAAGCAGCCUCAUUACGCCGUGAACGGGUUAACUCUGUCUGGUCCUGGCAUGGAUCUACUACACUCUGCCGUCGGAUACCCAAACAUCCCCAGAAAGCAGCGUCGGGAAAGGACCACGUUUACGCGCGCGCAGUUAGACAUCUUGGAGGCACUGUUUUCCAAAACGCGCUACCCCGACAUCUUCAUGAGGGAAGAAGUGGCCCUCAAGAUCAACCUACCAGAGUCUCGUGUACAGGUAUGGUUCAAGAACCGCCGUGCUAAAUGCCGCCAGCAGGCACAGCAGAGCACAGGCCAGUCUAAACCUCGUCCACCUAAGAAGAAGGCCUCUCCAGCCCGGGAGGCCAACUCUGAGGCUAGUGUCAAUACCAACGGGUCCUACAGUCCAGUACCCCCUCCCCUUGGCCCCGCCAUCACCCCCAGCUCCAGCAGUGCCAACGCGACCGUGUCCAUUUGGAGCCCUGCCUCCAUCUCCCCGCUGCCAGACCCCCUGUCAGCCUCCACCACGCCCUGCAUGCAGCGCUCCUCUGCCUACCCCAUGACCUACACCCAGGCCCCGGCCUACACCCAGAGCUACGCAGGCUCGUCCUCCUACUUCACUGGCCUGGACUGCAGCUCCUACCUGUCUCCCAUGCACUCACAGCUCUCCGCCACCGGGGGUGCCCUCAGCCCCAUCACCUCCAUGGGCGGGCACCUCGGCCAGUCCCCUGCUUCUCUGUCUUCGCAGGGUUACACAGCCGCCUCGCUGGGCUUCGGGGCCGUCGACUGCCUGGACUACAAGGACCAAGCUGCCUCCUGGAAACUCAACUUCAACGCAGCUGACUGCCUGGACUACAAAGACCAGAACUCCUGGAAGUUCCAGGUCUUGUAG